CAAGCUCCCUUGACUCAUCACGGCUGCCAGAAGAUGCCUCAUCAUGAGAAGUGACAACCAGAGCUACUUCUGGGACCCCCCACAGGACUUCAUUCUCCUGGGCAUCUCGGACAGGCCAUGGCUAGAGCUCCCACUCUUUGUAGUUCUCCUGGUGUCCUAUGUUCUGGCUAUGCUGGGAAACAUCGCCAUCAUCACCGUGUCCCAGCUGGAUCCCCAGCUUCACAGCCCCAUGUAUAUUUUCCUUAGCCACCUCUCCUUCCUGGACCUCUGCUACACCACCACCACCGUCCCUCAGAUGCUGGUCAACAUGGGCAGUUCCCAGAAGACCAUCACUUAUGGUGGCUGCACCGUGCAAUAUGCCAUUUUCCACUGGCUGGGCUGCACUGAGUGCAUUGUCUUGGCCGCCAUGGCUCUGGACCGCUACGUGGCCAUCUGUGAGCCACUCCGGUAUGCCAUUAUCAUGCACCGCCCGCUCUGUCAGCAGCUGGUAGCGAUGGCCUGGCUCAGCGGUUUUGGCAAUUCCCUUGUUCAGGUCAUCCUGACAGUGAAGCUGCCUUUCUGUGGGCAGCAGGUGCUGAACAACUUCUUCUGUGAGGUGCCAGCCAUGAUCAAGCUGUCCUGUGCCGAUACCACAGUGAAUGAUGCCACGCUGGCUGUGCUGGUGGCCUUCUUUGUGCUGGUCCCUCUGGCCCUCAUCCUUCUCUCCUAUGGCUUCAUUGCUCGGGCAGUGCUGAGGAUCCAGUCCUCCAGGGGACGACACAAGGCCUUUGGGACCUGUUCUUCCCAUUUGCUGGUGGUUUCCCUUUUCUACCUACCUGCCAUCUAUAUGUACCUGCAGCCCCCAUCCAGUUACUCUCAAGAACAGGGCAAGUUUAUCUCCCUCUUCUACUCCAUAAUCACCCCCACCCUCAACCCUUUCAUCUAUACCUUGAGGAAUAAGGACGUGAAGGGGGCUCUCAGAAGACUCCUGGCAAGGAUUGGGAGGCUGUGUGGACGGUGAAGGUCUAACCUGGGAAGAGCUGCAUAAAUCGCAGAAGGCUGAGCAAGGACUCGGGAAGGUGGGGGUAUACCUCAGUGGUACAGCCCUUGCCUGGCAUGUGUGAGGUCCUGAGUUCAACUCCCAGGACUGUGGAAAAUGCUUAGAACUGUAAGUUCUUUGAGAAAUUUGAAAGCUUAAAAAAAUCCAUCUCAAAAUACUUCACUUUCUAUGUGGUGAUGAUGCUUAAGUUGAGCAUCUAAGAGGUUGAUUCUUGAAGCACAAUCCUAAGAAGACAUAUAGCUUCAAGAAUCAAUUGUGUAAAUGACUUGAUGCUCACCAGUACGUGUUAGACUACUGGAUUCCUCAUUUCCUAGUUCUUUCCUUUUUUUCCCUCUUCCUAUAUUUCCUCUAUGGUUUCCUAUUUAUCUCUUUUUAAGCCUUUGUCUUCCUUUGCAGUCACUCCAGACGUGCACAAUAUGAGCCUGACACACAGUCUUAUCUAUAAUAAGCAUCUGUUCUUCAUGGACUGAAAUCUUGAUAGAUGUAUUUUUUCCCAAUAUGUCACAAGAACUAUGUGACUGAACUCUUCUUUUGUUACCAUAGAUGAUUUUCUUCUUCUUCCUGGGUUCAAACUGCCUUCAUAGAAAGUUUUCCCACCACUGACUGAGAACUACUGUCAAUCUUUCUGCUGCGGGGCUAGAAGAGUAGGAUAUAUUGGUGAAAACAGAUAGACCUAACCUCUCGCGUUACAGAUGGGCAUGUCCCCAGGAGAAUAUGGCAACAAGCAUGGUCAAUGCUAAAGACAAUAAAGCAUCACAUAAAAAUUUAAGAGCUUAGCUUGGAGAUGCUUAGCUUAGUCAUAGAGCUGGUGCCUAGCCUGGUCCU